CGCCUGUCACGCAGCUCCGAAACAACUUGGCGCAGCUGCUGAGCCUUCAAACUACUGGAGUUUUCCGGUCUCCGCGUUCGCAGCAGCGGUGAGAGACUCCGCUUCGCAGAUCCGUCGGAGAGCGCAAGUGAAGCCGCCGUCGAGGCGCACCGUCUCCCGCUGAAGUCGCAGAAACGUCCGCAGCCACGGGAGUUUCACGCUGCGCCGGAGAAAAAUGAAAUUCCGAAUUUUAAUUCUCGCAGUGGUCCUGGCAGUUGAAACUGUGUACGCGGAACCUUGUUCAGGAGAUGGCUGUGGAGAGGAUUGUGUGUGUAAUCCAGAGAAGGGGAGCAGGGGUCGGCCAGGGCCCCUGGGGCCGAUUGGGGUGAGUGGCCCCGAGGGCUUCCCAGGAGUGGCGGGCCCCGCAGGGCCUAGGGGGGACAUCGGAAACCCUGGACCUACAGGCCUCCGUGGCCAGAAAGGAGACAAGGGGCCCAUGGGUGUGCCGGGCUUUGCUGGAGCUGACGGCGUGCCGGGUCACCCGGGGCCGGAUGGAAGCAGGGGCCCCCCGGGGCCCGAUGGCUGUGAUGGCGUGGCGGGUGUCAUAGGCGACCCCGGACUCCAGUCCCCGGAUGGGCUGCCAGGCUCAACGGGGGUGCGAGGUCCACCUGGUCCCAAAGGUCAGAAGGGGGAUCCUGUGUACUCUAGUUUCGGCAGAGGCGUCCGGGGAGAACCCGGGUUGCCUGGAUUGCAUGGUGUGAUUGGUCCGCAGGGUGUGACCGGAGUUCGCGGCCCAACUGGUCCCAGAGGCCCGGAUGGAACUCCUGGUGCUCCUGGUCCUCCUGGUCCUCCAGGUCCAACAGGGAGCUCUGGGUUAGGUUUCAAAGGGGAACGCGGAGACAAGGGUGAUAUCGGUUUGCCUGGACCCAGAGGGCUGCAGGGGGAGUUCACGCUGUCAGGAGACGGUUAUAGCCUGACCCUCAAAGGACCACCGGGUGAGCGGGGUUACCCUGGUCCAGCAGGCUGGCCAGGUGCUCCAGGCCCACCGGGUCCCUUCGGGUACCGGGGCGAGACGGGUGAGACGGGAAUCCCAGGGCUCCCUGGUGGGCGGGGCGCAUCUGGAUUAGACGGAAUACAAGGACCUCCUGGCCUAAAGGGUAUUCCUGGCGAUCCUGGUUUACCUGGAAGGUCUGGAUUUCCUGGACCGAAGGGAAGUCAGGGAGACCCAGGCCCCCCCGGGGCACCCGGCUACGCUGGCACAUAUGGAGCGGCGGCUGUGAAAGGUCCCCGUGGCGACCCAGGGUAUGCUGGUGCUCCGGGUGCUCCUGGUGAUCAGGGUCCGGUGGGGUACCCCGGCCCGCCCGGCCGUCCGGGAGCGCCAGCACUCUUUGCAGGUGGCCAGGCGGUGCAGGGGUAUCCGGGCGCCGUGGGGCCCAAGGGGGAGAAGGGGGAGCCGGGUGAGCCUGCCUAUGGGCCCCCCGGGGCAGCAGGCAGCGAUGGGUACCCGGGCCUCCAGGGGCCUCCAGGACCACAGGGUGAAUCAGCUCCCGCUGGGCCAGUGAAGUCUGAGUUACCGGGACCACCAGGCCAAACCGGCCGAAGAGGAAUUCCAGGAACUCCAGGAUACAAAGGAGCAAAAGGGGAACUCGGAGACUGUAACUGUCUUGGAGGAGGGUCUGGGGUACCUGGGUCUCGGGGCCCCCCAGGGGCACCAGGGUCUCCUGGGUACACUGGCAGGAAGGGCGAGAUUGGAGACACUGGGUUUCAGGGCCUGCCUGGCCCUCCAGGUCCAAAUGGGGCUCCGGGUGGCCCGGGCUACACCGGGCGAAAGGGCGAGAAGGGCAACUCCUACGUCUCUGCAGCCAGGGGGGUGAAAGGAGAACGGGGCGCCCAAGGACUCCGCGGGGCCCCAGGAGAAAGGGGCCGACCCGGCAGAGAUGGGAUCCCAGGGUCCCCAGGACUGACGGGAGCCCCUGGUGACGGUGGCUAUGGGGUACCAGGGGACAGGGGGUUCCCUGGGUUUCCGGGGUUAAAGGGGCGUCAGGGUGAGCCCGGGGGGGCUGGUCUUGGGUAUGCUGGCUCUGUAGGGGUUCGAGGGCUUCCCGGAGACCCAGGUCCCGCUGGUCACCCCGGACCCCCAGGAUCUCCUGGGCUGCCAGGUGACUGUUGCUGUGGGCAGGCGGGGGUUAAUCAGACCUCAGAGGGAGGAGACAUCCUGCCCUGCCGAUACCCGGGGGAGCAAGGUGACCCGGGACCACCUGGAUUACCUGGAUGGCCAGGUCCCAAGGGCGAGCCUGGUCUCCCUGGAGGCCCGGGGAGACCCGGGUUCAAUGGCUUGAAGGGCGAGAGAGGAGAUACAGGCUUCGGAGGACUGCCAGGACCACCAGGCUUUCCUGGCCCCCGGGGGGAGCCGGCUGCCCCUGGCCCGGCCGGGGCGGGAGGUCUGCCGGGGGCGCGGGGAAAGGACGGUCUGCCGGGGUUCAGCGGGCAGAAGGGGGCGCGAGGCGAGAGUUACGGAGCCAUUCCCGGGGAGGCUGGAGCAACGGGACUUCCCGGAGAGCCGGGUGACAAAGGGCCACCUGGCACACCUGGUCUGCCGGGCUCACCUGGUGCGGACGGCCGUUCCGGGGUGCCCGGGGUGAAGGGGGAGCGCGGUGUGGACGGCUUCCCUGGACUCCCAGGCCUUGUCGGCGCUCCUGGCGAGGGCAGGCUGGCAGGAUUACCUGGCGCACCUGGACCUGCAGGACCCAAGGGCAUCGCUGGAGGCCCAGGGUUCCCUGGGGUGAAGGGGAAACGGGGGGAUCCUGGGUUCCCAGGACCUGCAGGGAUUAAAGGCAAGCGAGGAGAGCCAGGAGAGCCGGGCCUGCCUGGAUCCAGGGGUCCCCCAGGCCCAGCGGGUGCAGGGGCGCGUGAGGGCAUCCCAGGGGCACCAGGAAGGAAGGGUGAACAGGGGGCCCCUGGCUUCACGGGGUUCCCAGGUCUGACGGGACCUGCGGGGCUGCCCGGGGGGUCGGGGGCGAAGGGGAAGCCGGGCUUCUCCGGAGGGGACGGGCUGCCCGGCGGGUCAGGAGCACCCGGGCUGAAAGGUGAUCAUGGGGCCCCCGGGUUGCCGGGGCUGCCGGGACUGCCUGGCCCACACGGCCCACUCCCGAGGGGGGACAGAGGGGACACGGGGCGGCCAGGAUCCCCCGGAUACCCCGGACCCCGAGGUGAGAAGGGCUUCCCGGGCCUCCCUGGCCGCCAGGGCCUCCCGGGCCUGCCGGGGAUCGCCGGCCCGCAGAAGGGCGAACCGGGGAACCCUGGACUGCCUGGAUCUCCGUCCUCUCCUGGUUACCCUGGACCCAAAGGCUCUCCAGGUGUGCCUGGAUUCCCAGGCCUGCCAGGACCAAAGGGCGAUGACGGCAGUCCCGGCUCACCUGGAUUACCUGGACCAACCGGAUCGCCCGGUCAGAAAGGUGAACGAGGUGACUCCUAUGGCUAUCCCGGAUCUCCUGGAGCCAAAGGUGCAGCAGGUGACCCUGGAUACCCAGGUGCAGCCGGAGGUGUGGGGUUGCAGGGUGAUGGAGGCCUCCCAGGCGGUUCUGGCUAUGGCGGAGCGAAGGGCCAACCAGGAGACCCCGGCCUGCCAGGGCUUAUGGGUCCCCCAGGGUACCCCGGUGCUAAGGGUCUCCCCGGGUUCCCGGGACGGUCAGGAAAGGCCGGUGGACCUGGCUUCCCUGGAGCUCCAGGUGCCACCGGAGAGAGAGGUUUACCUGGCUUACCUGGGCUCGAUGGUUUGAAUGGACUUGGGGGACCUAAGGGUCUACCAGGAAGCCCAGGUGGGUCUGCGGCAGGGAGGCCAGGGGCCCCGGGGCCCAGUGGGCUGAAGGGAGAGAGAGGGGGCUCCGUGUCCGGGGGACCGGGCCUGCCCGGAGCUAAGGGGGAGAGAGGAGUCGCAGGUGCGCCAGGUUUGGCGGGAACUCCUGGUCCAGUCGGGUUUCCGGGAAGCACUGCUGCUGCUGCUAUUCCAGGGUACCCUGGGGACCCAGGGCUCCCAGGGCGCGACGGAGUGCCAGGAGCCCCUGGGCCCCUCGGCCCCCAGGGUUACCCCGGGGCAGGCAGUGAAAAGGGUGACGCAGGAGACACGGGCUUCCCAGGGCUGCCAGGGCCAGCAGGGCUGCGCGGAGAGACGGGGGGACCGGGCCCCUCGGGUCUGCCCGGGAGCCCCGGGUUCAAAGGGGAGAGAGGGGACACAGGCUUCACUGGGUCCCCAGGCCCGGCCGGGUUACCAGGAGACCCAGGGUAUUACGGGGGCAAGGGGCCCAAAGGACACAGGGGACCUUCGGGCAGGAAGGGGCUCCCUGGGGCGCCGGGACCGAUCCUGACUGCACUGUCGCCUCUGGGAGAGCACGGCUUUCCCGGCUUCCCGGGUGCGAAGGGGGAGGCGGGGGCGGCGGGGGAACCUGGGCGGCCAGGUGGCCAAGGUCCCAAAGGCAGCCGGGGGCCGGCGGGGAAGCUGGGCCGGAACGGGGGGGGGGGUCUCCCGGGACCCGUCGGAGAUGCUGGCCCUCCGGGCUUCCCUGGACCUGCAGGACAGCAGGGGCCUCCUGGUAAGCAGGGCCCCCCCGGCCCCCCCGGCUACACCGCGCGGGGCGUCAGCAUCGGCUACACCCUGGUGAAGCACAGCCAGAGCACAGCGGUGCCAGCCUGCCCACAGGGCAUGGCUCAGCUGUGGGAGGGGUACAGCCUGCUGUACGUGGAGGGCCAGGAGAAGGCCCACAGCCAGGACCUGGGUAUGGCGGGGUCCUGUCUGCCCCGGUUCAGCACCAUGCCCUUCCUCUACUGCAACGCCGACCAGGUCUGCUACUACGCCAGCCGCAACGACAAGUCCUUCUGGCUGUCCACCACCGCUCCCAUUCCCAUGAUGCCUGUGGCGGACCUCCAGAUCGGCCAGUACAUCAGCCGCUGCUCUGUGUGCGAGGCCCCCUCCCCCGCCGUGGCCGUGCACAGCCAGGACCUCUCCAUCCCGCCCUGCCCCCCUGGCUGGAGGAGCCUCUGGAUCGGCUACUCCUUCCUCAUGCACACAGUGGCUGGAGCAGAGGGUGGCGGUCAGUCCCUGGUCUCCCCGGGGUCCUGUCUGGAGGACUUCCGCUCCACACCCUUCAUCGAGUGCAACGGCGCCCAGGGCACCUGCCACUACUUCGCCAACAAGUACAGCUACUGGCUGACGAGCGUGGAGCCCAGCCGCGAGUUCCUGGGGUCCCCGGGCCAGGAGACGCUGAAGGCCGGUCAGCAGCUGUCCCGCAUCAGCCGCUGCCAGGUCUGCAUGAAAAACAUGUAGCUGCGCAGCCGCAUGCGCAGACGCA